UUCCCGCCGGUCUCCUCUCCGCCUGGCCGUCUGUCCAUUGGACUGCAUAGGAACCAACGUUAUUCGCGUGUGAAAUAAAGUUUAACGUUGCACAGCUUCCCGGGCCUUGCUGGUUAUACGUUGCUAAUUGCUGUGACACGCGGCAUGUUUGGUGCUAACCGGAAGAAGUUUAUGGAGGGAGGGAUAGAGAGCGACUACACGGAUGACUCCAGCCUCUACUACAGCCAACAGUCUAUGUUCCCUCCUCACCGAACUGACAAAGACAUGCUGGCGUCUUCCUCGGCCUCCUCUGCGGGUCAACUGUCACAGCUGGGGGCCAGUUUGUACGGCCCACAGAGUGCUUUGGGGUUUCCCAUGCGUGGGAUGAACAGCAGCGCUGCAACUCAGCUGAGUCGAAGUGGACUGAACCAGUCUGCUAAUCAGCUUUCCAGUCAUGCCAGCACUCCCAACUCUGGCACAAUGCACACGCCGCCCUCUCCAAGCAGGAGUAUCCUACCCAUGAGCAGCCGGAGCGUGCUGAACCACAACCAGCAGGUGGGCGGUCCGACGGGCCAGACAGGCGGGAUUGGAGGAGACAGGGUAGGUGGCAGCGGUGGAGGAAGGAGUGGCAGCAUGGGAAGUCCCAGCCGGUCGUCUCCCAGCAUCAUCGGCAUGCCUAAACAGCAGCAGGCUCGGCAGCCCUUCACUAUCAACAGUAUGUCAGGGUUCGGGGUGAACAGGAAUCCAGGCUUCAACAUGAACAACUCCUUAUCCAACAACAUCUUCAACGGCACAGACGGCAGUGAGAAUGUGACGGGGUUGGACCUGUCAGACUUCCCAGCAUUGGCCGACCGGAGUCGGCGGGAUGGAGGCUCGAAUCCCACCCCAUUGCUCAACCCGCUGGCCGGCCGGGCGCCUUAUGUUGGCAUGGUAACCAAGCCGUCCAGUGAGCAGUCGCAGGACUUCUCCAUCCACAAUGAAGACUUCCCAGCUCUCCCCGGGUCAAACUACCAAACAAAAGACCCCACCAGCACCAACGAAGACAGCAAAACGAAUCUGAACUCAUCAGGAAAGUCCACCUCUAGCUCAGAUGGUCCAAAAUUCCCCGGCGAUAAAAGCUCCGCCCCUAGCAACAACAACCAGCAGAAGAAAGGGAUUCAGGUGCUUCCUGAUGGGCGUGUGACCAACAUCCCUGUCGGCAUGGUAACGGACCAAUUUGGAAUGAUUGGCUUGCUGACGUUCAUUCGGGCAGCAGAGACGGACCCCGGCAUGGUCCAUCUGGCGCUAGGUUCUGACCUCACCACACUUGGCCUCAACCUCAACUCACCAGAGAAUCUCUAUCCUAAGUUUGCAUCUCCGUGGGCUUCGGCUCCGUGUCGGCCGCAGGAUAUCGACUUCCACGUCCCCUCAGAAUAUUUAACCAACAUUCACAUAAGGGACAAGUUAGCAGCCAUCAAGUUGUCUCGGUAUGGUGAAGAUCUGCUGUUUUAUCUUUACUACAUGAACGGAGGAGACCUACUACAACUGCUGGCUGCAGUAGAACUGUUUAACAGGGACUGGAGGUACCAUAAAGAGGAGCGGGUUUGGAUCACUCGGGCUCCUGGGAUGGAGCCCACGCUGAAGACCAACGCCUAUGAAAGAGGGACCUACUACUUCUUUGAUUGUCUCAACUGGAGGAAGGUGGCCAAGGAGUUUCAUCUGGAGUACGACAAACUAGAAGAGCGACCUCAUGUUCCCUCCACCUUUAACUACAAUCCUGCCCAGCAGGCCUUCUGAUUGGCUCUCCCUUCUGCUGCCUGCCUACUAUUGGCCCUCCUGGUUCAUCAGCCACCACCCCUUAGGUUUUCCACUUCAACACACUCAAAUGAAUCUGACCUGUAAGGACUCGGGACAGUAGAGGACUUCCUCGCUCCUGUCCAAAUCUCUGACAGACGUUCUCAUUUGAACUUUUUCUGAUUUAUGUUUGUUCUUUACCUCAUUUCCCCCCUUUUUAAUUUUAUUCCCACUUCUCCACACAGAGACACAAGCACUGCAAAUAACUCUCCAUCUGAUCCAGAGAUUCUGGUUUCUACUCAGUCUUAAGAAUUGAAUAUUUUUGUCUAUAGAAGCUUUUAAAAAGAAGCAGAUUUUAACACAGAAGACAGGAUUUGAUUAGCGGUCAGGAUGGAUGGUUAUUUCUCUCUGUGCUGCACCUCUUUGACUCUGUGCAGAAGCUGAAAAUAUUUAUCCUUUUUAACAGAAUUUUCCAGCGUUACAAAUCAGAACACAUCAGUCAGGAAAGAAAUGCAAUGUACAUUGUAGCACUAUUUCUUAAUAAAAGAGGAAAAAAUG